GUGGCCCGUCAUAUUUGUGGCAGUUACCUGAGAGCGACGAGAUUAAAGGACGCUGCUGGCGGCGUCUACUUUAAUCAACACAACAGAUGAUGUCAUCUCUUCAAACCUGGGAGAGCCUGUUUUAUCUACCUGGAUCUCUCCCUGAAAACAAAAUGGUGGAGCAAACAAGACAGCCGAGUCGUGUCGUCUCCCUCCAGGCUGGACCUGGUGAGGUGGGCACUGACAGCCUGUUUGACGUCAACCUCAGGAUAAAUGACAGGGCUGCACGGGCCUUUGGGCAACAGUUGGCUCUAAUUGGAGAUCAGAUGGACUGGGAAUGGGCCAGCAGACAGCUGAACUGGCUACCAACGCCUCUACACGUGCUAAGACCCGCUCAGGCAUUGACCAGGAUCAUAUAUCGGGAUAUCCACAAUCAGUUAUGGGGCUUCCAGGGCCUGUCUGCAGCGGUGAAGGCCUGGAUAGCGAGCACUGCGCCUGGGGUGUCCAAUUUAAAACCAGUAACCUGCACUGGCUGGGCCAGAGGAGCACUGGUGACUGUGGCGCUGUUGGCUGCAGUGACCAUUUUGGGGGCACUAAGGGUGGAAUGGAAAGCCUAAACAGGGACAUAAGCAGGUCUUUUAGGCCAUUAUAUAUUUGACAAAAAAGGUUUUCAAAUGAAUGACAAUUAUUUCUGAUUUGUUUCUGCUGUUUACUUCGACUUCUCUUUUUUAUACUAUCUUAAUGACGUAUUGAAUUUGACACUAUAUGACCGGAAAACAGGUGGUUU